AUGGCAAACUUCAAAUCUCAUGCUGACAUUCCCAUUUUAGACAUUUCUCAACCAUUGCAGCCAUCUUCUCUAUCUUUCCUCUCAAAGGCCAGCAAAGAUUGGGGAUUUUUCCACAUAAUCAACCAUGGAAUCGCCAAAGAUCUUUGCAGCCAGCUCCACUCACUAUCCAAACACCUCUUCAGUCUCCCUUAUGAAACUAAGCUUAGAAUUGGUCCCUUUUCUUCUUUAAAAUCUUACACCCCUCAUUUCAUUGCCUCUCCAUUCUUUGAAAGCCUCCGAGUUAAUGGACCCAACUUUUAUGCUUCUGCUAAUAGUUCUGCUGAAAUCCUCUUUGACAAACAGGAUUCCAAAUUCAGUGUGAUGCUGGAAGAAUAUGGCUGUAAGAUGGAAGAUUUGUCUAAGAAAAUUCUAAAGAUGGUGUUGAUGGGCCUAGGGGAUGGCAUUGAGAAGAAGUUUUAUGAUUCUGAGUUCAAAAAGUGCCAUGGUUACUUGAGGAUAAACAAUUAUUCUGGCCCAGAAAGUAUGGUAGAUCAAGUUGAAGGGCUUGGAAUGCACACUGAUAUGAGUUGUAUUACCAUCCUAUAUCAAGAUGAAAUAGGAGGGCUUCAAGUGAGAUCAAAUGAGGGAGAAUGGAUAGAUAUCUUACCCUCUGAGGGUACCCUAGUGGUGAACAUAGGAGAUAUGUUACAAGCUUGGAGCAAUGACAAAUUAAGGUCCUCAGAACAUAGAGUUGUUUUGAAGCAUCAUGUUAACAGAUUUUCUUUAGCAUUCUUCUGGUGCUUUGAGGAUGACAAGGUGAUUUUGGCACCAGAUGAGGUUGUUGGAGAAGGAAACAAGAGGAAGUACAAGCCAUUUGUGUGCUUUGACUAUUUGAAAUUUAGAGAGAACAAUGAAAGAGGAAGAUUUGAUAAGGUGGGGUUCACAGUUAGAGAUUUUGCUGGCAUCAAGGCUCAGUUGUAA